AUGGACUACAGAAUUGUACCGGAAGAUUAUAACUCGCAUUUCGCGCCAAUUGUUAACAAUUCUCCCGUCUCCGUAUACACAUCUUGCCAAGUGAUAGGUAUCGACAAUAUCAACGAAAUUAGCAUGGAUUUUCGUAUUCUUCUAUUUCUGAUCACGGUUUGGAAAGAUCCGAGAUUAAAUUUAGAGAGAUAUGUGGCGAAAUAUCCGGUGCUCUUUCCCGAAAACGAAACAGAUAAAAUUUGGAAACCUUACUUAUCUUUUCCCAACAGCAAACAAGCAGAAAGAUUUAAUAUUGGAUACGGACACACGGUUUUGAAAAUUCUACCCGAUCAAUCGUUGUAUAAUGUAGCCAGAAUCAAUUUUAUUGUCAAUUGUAUGAUGAAUCUGCACAAUUUUCCCAUGGACGUUCAGCAUUGUACCUUUUUAAUAUCAUUUAUGGCGAAUACGGAUCGAGAAGCAAUACUGAAAUGGAUGGGAGAAAAAGAUAGUCCUUAUCGAAAUUACGGAAGAAGUAUUCAUCUCCGAAAUAUGAAUCUGUUGAAAUUUGAAAUUAUAGACGUCACAACGAACAAACUAAUGCAAAGAUGGGUUAGCGGUAAUUUCACGCUGUUGUGCGCCAAUUUUACCUUUAUACGGCGCCUGACCGGUAACAUGAUGAACAUUUAUAUUCCCAGUACAUUGGUGGUGGUGCUUUCCUGGCUCUCAUUCUGGAUCGAUAUCAACGCAGCGCCCGCUCGUAUCACACUAGGAGUCACUUCAAUCCUUACCCUAGUGACGCAUUUAGUUCAGUCCAGAAGUUUCGUCCCCCCCGCGGACUAUCUGAAGGCUUUGGAUGUCUGGUUUAUAGUUUGUAUACUUAUGGUAUUCUUUUCUUUAGUGGAAUACGCUUUAGGAUACGAAUCUUCCAAGGGAAAAAUGAAGGCGAAGGUCAUCAACAUUCGGCCAUCUUGCGCGCAAACGGACGAUAAGAGAGUGUCAAAGAAAGUGGCGAAAACGUGGUUGUCGUACUUGAGAGACAAAACACAAGGAUUUAUGAAGGAAAAAGAUGUCAAUUGUUACGACAGAGCGUCCAGAAUUGUGUUUCCAACUCUGUUCGCCCUCUUUUCUUUGUCCUAUUGGACUUAUUAUUUAAGCAGCAGAUAAUAAAAUCGAAUUAGUGAAUUGUUGUAACAGAAGCACGAUUGUGAGAAUAACGUAACUUUGUAUACUGAAUAAAUAUUGAAGU